AUUCAGGAGAGUAGCUUGUCCCCGUCGAGAACCGAGAUCGGAGAACCGAAAUGAAGCCAACAACAGUGCUCUACCUUGCCGUAAUCCUCUUCGUGGGAAUUUGUUCCACCGGAGAGGCGCUGCCUCAGUAUGCCAUUGCUCCAGGGGCAGUCGGAGAGGAUUUGGAGAGCUUGGCCAAUGUUGAUGAGAAUUCAGUCGAUGACAUUCCGCUAGAAAACCUGCCGCAAAAACGUUUCACUUGUGACUUCUUAAGUGGAAUUGGUUGGAAUCAUACAUUCUGUGCCCUUCAUUGCUAUUUGAGAGGCACAAGAGGAGGUUACUGCAACGGAAAGGGAGUUUGCAUUUGUCGCUGAGAACCUCAGUUGAAUCACACGAUAACUGCAGAUAAUACGUUGAAA